AUGCAGAUUGCUGCCACUGGCAUAUGCACAGAUAAUCAUCCUAUCAAUCCCAGUUUCAAGGAGGGUGUUUUCGCAAUGAUACUGGGCCACAAGGGAGCCAGAAUAGAGAGCAUUGAACAAGGAGUUACUAAAUUUAAACCAGGUGACAAGGUUAUUCCCCUCUACAUGCCUCAAUGCAGCCACUGUAAGUUCUGUUUGAACUCCAAGACCAAUCUUUGUGAAAAGAUCAGCAAGGUUAAAACACUUAUUUCGGAUCAAGAUGUGAUAUGUGAUGGAUCUAGUAGAUUCACUUGCAGAGUGAAGCCAAUAUACCAGUACAGUGUUGCGUCAGAAAGCUCUUAGGGAAACUGCUGCUGCUGCUCUUUUGGACAAAGUCUGUCUGUUGGUUGUGGAUUUUCCACUGGCUAUGGGGCUGCCAUCAAUACUGCACAGGUUGAGCAUGGUUCCACCUGUGCUGUCUUUGGCUUGGGAGGUGUUGGCCUUGCAACUGUCAUGGGUUGUAAAGCUGCUGGAGCUUCCAAUAUUUUGGGGAUUGAGAUCAAUAAAGACAAAUUUCUACUAGCUAAAAAACUGGGAACAACUGACUGCCUCAACUGGCUGGUUUGGGAAACAGAAUGA